CCAUCUGAGGCUCAGAAUCAUGAAGGUCUGCACCACUUUGCUCCUCUUCAUCUUCAUCCUCACUGCGCCACAGGAUGGAGAAACCUCCUUUUUUGGUCCCUUUCGCGUCAUUAACCUGACUGGGACUGAGGGUGGAACAAUCACUUUUCAGUGCGCCUUCGAUUUCCCAGAAAUGAUGAAGACCCUCCAAAGAGGUGAUGGACAAAUUCUUCUUGAAACGACCGGCAGCAGAGCUCAGCGCGGGAGAUACAGGAUGGAGUAUGAUGAAGCAGAGAGAGCAUAUUCUUCUAUGACACUGCAUGUGAGCAUCACAGAGCUGAAAAAGGACGACUCUGGACGAUACAGCUGUGUGUUUGAUGAAGGUCGUCGUCCAAGUCUAACCCAGGAGUUUGAGCUCAGAGUUGAAGAUGCUCCAUCAACCUCUGCACCAGAGACAACGCCUCUCUCACUGACCCAUCCAGAUCCAACAACUUCUAAACUGAUCCAGAUUCCCCAAGCUUUCCCAUCAGCUCCUCCAGCCUCCAGAGAGAACAUAAGACCACCAACCCCUCCAGCUCCAUUCCCAGACUUAGACAUUGGGCUUCAGCUGUACGUGCGCCUGGUUCUCUUCACCGUGACCAUCGUUUCAUCUGCUAGUCUGCUGAUCGUCUGCUGGGGGAGGAUCAGAGGAGACAAAGAGCCUGACGCUGAGCUGGACUACCUUAACAUCUCCAGUGGCUGUGAGGAGUGUGAGGAGGUCAGAGAGGAGAUUGUGGACUGAUGAAGAAGAAGAAGAAACUCAGGCCGGCUCCUGUAUCUGCUGGACUGAGUUCUGAAGAAACAGGAACAGCUCAUAUCCUCUUCCUCAGCUACAGCUAUGCAUUAAAACCACUUUUUCUAUUUUCAGGCUUCAGUGUGAACACAUGAAGGGUGCUGAGUUUAUCUUUCAGUAACUGCAGCAUCUCUUUAGUUUGUUGGAGCCAAAAUCUUCAUUUUUCUAACAUGUGAAAAUAUUAAAGGAUGUUUGCAUUGUUUCUGUUGAAGCCUCUGGAAACUUGGCUUGCUGUAAUUCUUCUAAUAAAACUGAACUAAAAAACAA